CAGCUUCACGCUCUCAGCUCUCAGCUGGUGGAGCAGCGGUGAACACACAUCCAGCCUCUCUGCCGCUACUUUGGACUAACUUUGUUAUCACUGCGUGUUUUGGUGCUUUCGCUCGUCUCUGCUGUUUUCAGGGGUGAAACGAUAACUUGCUGCGGCACAAUGGACUGAAGCAACAACGCAGUAAAGUGUGGAUAUACUUGAGAAAAGCAGUGUUUCUGUAGAGAGCGAGGGCUGAGUUACCACCAUGGAAGAGGACGACGGGCAUCUGGAGAACGGGCACCACGACGUCAGAGACUCGGACCGACAGCAGCGGCUCAGGCUUUGUGUUUUGAACGAAAUACUGAACACGGAGAGGGAUUAUGUUCGGACGUUGCUUUUCCUUCAGUCGGCAUUUUUGCACCGAAUCAGACAAACUGCAGAUGACCAGCAGUGUUUGUCACCUGAACACGUCAAGAUUCUGUUUUCAAAUAUUGAGGACAUCCUGGAGUUGCACAAAGAAGUGUUGUCUGCUGUGGAGGCCAGUCUGCAGCCCGAACCUCAUCCCCAGCAUGCGCUGGGAAACGUAUUCCUCCAGUUUAGGAAGAGUUUCUCAGUGUAUGGCGAGUACUGCAGUAACCACGAAAAGGCUUUGCGGCUCCUCAUGGAGUUAAACAAGAUCCCCAACAUCAGGACGUACCUGCUGCACUGUAUGUUACUCGGAGGAAAGAAAAGCACAGAGAUACCCCUGGAGGGAUACCUUCUCACUCCCAUUCAGAGGAUCUGCAAGUAUCCUCUGCUGCUAAAGGAACUGCUGAAGAGGACCCCCAAAAAACAUGCAGACUAUCCAGCUGUGGAAGAGGCUCUGCAGGCCAUGAAGGCGGUGUGCUCCAAUAUCAAUGAGACCAAGAGGCAGAUGGAGAAACUGGAGGCUCUGGAACAACUGCAGUCCCACAUUGAGGGCUGGGAGGGAACCAAUCUGACAGAUAUCUGCACAGAGUUACUGCUUCAUGGAAAUCUUCUUAAAAUCUCUGCGGGUAAUAUCCAGGAACGCGUCUUCUUCCUGUUCGACAAUCUUUUGGUUUACUGUAAGAGGAAAUCCAGGGCUUCUGGAAAGAAGUCCACCAAGAGGACCAAGUCUAUCAACGGGCCCCUCUAUGUGUUCAGAGGCCGAAUCAACACAGAGGUGAUGGAGGUGGAAAAUGUGGAAGAUGGAACAGCGGACUAUCACAGCAACAACUACACAGUGACGAACGGCUGGAAGAUCCACAACACGGCUAAAAACAAGUGGUUUGUCUGCAUGGCCAAAAAUGCCGAGGACAAGCAGAAAUGGCUGGACGCCAUCUUGAGGGAACGGGAGCAGAGAGAGAGUCUCAAACUGGGAAUGGAGCGGGAUGCCUAUGUGAUGAUUGCAGAGAAAGGAGAGAAGCUCUACCACAUGAUGAUGACCAAGAGCCGGCACCUGAUAAAGGAUAGACGCAGGAAGCUCAGCAUUGUGCCCAAGUGCUUCAUGGGAAAUGAGUUCGUGUCAUGGCUGAUAGAGAGUGGUGAGAUCAGUAAGUCUGAAGAGGGAGUUAAUCUGGGACAAGCCUUACUGGAAAAUGGAAUCAUACACCACGUGUCGGACAAGCACCAGUUCAAGAACGAGCAAGUGUUGUACCGCUUCCGCUAUGAUGACGGCACCUACAAGGCCCGCAGUGAAAUGGAGGACAUCAUGUCAAAGGGCGUCAGGCUGUACUGCCGCCUUCACAGCCUCCACACGCCUGUCAUCAAGGACAGAGACCACCAUCUGAAAACCUUUAAAUCUGUGGUGCCUGCAAGCAAACUGGUGGACUGGCUUCUCUCACAGGGAGACUGCUCGACCCGAGAGGACGCAGUGACGCUGGGUGUGGGGCUCUGCAACAAUGGCUUCAUGCACCAUGUCUUGGAAAAGAGUGAGUUCAAAGACGAGUCGCAGUACUUCCGUUUCUAUGCGGACGAGGAGACGGAGGGAACUAGCUCCAAAAGCAAGCAGCUCCAACGCAGUGACUUUAAACUCAUCGAAAACAUCUUGGCCAAGUCUCUGGUGAUUCACCCUGAGGAGGAAGACUAUGGCUUUGAGAUUGAGGAGAAAAACAAGGCCAUUGUGGUGAAAUCUGUCACCAAGGGCUCACAUGCUGAGAUGGCUGGUCUGCAGGUGGGCAGGAAGAUCUACACCAUCAACGAGGACCUGCUGUUCCUCAGACCUUUCUCUGAGGUGGAAACCAUGAUCAGCCAGUCUUUCUGCAUACGACGCUCACUGCGACUGGUCGUCGCCACCAAGGCCAAGGAAAUUGUGAAGAUCCCUGACAACCCAGACAGCCUGUCCUUCAGACUCGGUGGCUCUGCCCCUCCUCACGUCCACGCUGUCAGGAAAGGAUGGGAGGCAGCGGGGGCAGGCCUUCAGCCUGGUCAGGUCAUCCUAAAAGUCAACGGCAACAAUGUCAACCACAGUGAUUACGAAGAGGUUCUGGAGCACUUCACCGCGCAGCACACGCAUCAGGAGCCUCUGCAAAUGUGUCAGUGGGUGUACCGUGCAUUUGAAGAUGUGGAGGAGCUACAGAGAGAAAGACGUGCAGGUGAGAAGGAGGAGAGCCCUUUCAGUCCUUACCGAGCGGAGAACGGCGAGGAAGGGAAUGGGACAAAUGGAACAGACUUUUGGCUGGAGAGGCUUUCUCUCUCUAAUGAGCUGCCUCUAGUCAGUCUGACAGUGGAUAACGUCCACCUGGAGCAUGGCGUGGUCUAUGAAUAUGUCAGCACUGCUGGCAUCAAGAGCCAUGUGCUGGAGAAGAUGGUGGAGCCCAAAGGAUGCUUCAGCCUCACUGCUAAGAUCCUGCAGGCAUUUUCUCGUGAUGACAGCCUCUUUGUUCGCAACUGCAGCCAGCUCAUCUCGCAGAGCGAGCGAGUAGUUACCAUGCCCCAGUACGAGUUCAGACAAAUCUGCGACACCAAGCUGGAGAGUAUCCGACGCCGCAUCAGCAGCUAUCAGCAGUUUGCCCUGGAACUGAGGAACAAGGCGUGGCCCUCUUUCAGACAGGCUGGUGUUCGCCCUCACCCACUGGGUUGUAUGGACUUUGUUCCCACCAACUGCCACGUCAACCUGAUGCAGGUUUCCUACCCCAAGAGCACCACCUCUGCUGGCAGGACGUUCAGCAUCCGCUUUGGGCGCAAAAACUCACUGUUCGGCUUAGACCCAGAUCAAGCACAACUGAACCCUAUGUCACACACCCAACACUGUGUGACCAGUAUGGGCGCUCCCUGCUGGAACUGUUCUGGACUAGAAGGGGACGAGGUAGAUGAUAAUGGGGAUGUGUCCCUGGAUGGAAGCAAUGGGAUGACGGACAGUCGACGCAGUGGCCAUGGAGAUGGCGGGCUGAGCUUCCUUCUCAAACAGGAAGACACAGAAAUCCAGAAUGCCUACAUUCACUUGUAUAGUCGCCUGGAUGUUGCUGUGAGGGAAAUGAGGCAGUAUGUCGCUCAGAUUGAUGUCCUCUUAUCAUCUAUCACCGAGCCCACACAGCUUCAAGUGGAAGGCGGAGAGCCACCAGUCGGCGAGCAAAGUCAGCCGUCUCUGGCGCCAUGCGAGGACGGCUGUGAUCAGGACAAAGUGGAGCACGGUGGCAUUAAAAGAGUUUGCUUCAUGGUGAACGAGGAGGACCAGGAGGACUCGGGCCAUGAUACAAUGAGCUACAGGGACUCCUACAGUGAAUGCAACAGCAACAGAGAUUCAGUGCUGUCGUACACCAGUGUGCGAAGUAACAGCUCCUACCUGGGGAGUGAUGAGAUGGGAUCAGGGGACGAGCUGCCAUGUGACAUGAGGAUUUCCUCGGACAAACAAGACAAACUCCACGGCUGUCUCGAGCAUCUUUUUAACCAGGUGGACUCCAUCAACAGCCUUCUCAAAGGAACUGUCAUGACCAAAGCCUGUGAGGAGACCAAGCACUUUUACUCUGACCACAGUCAACCAGAGUUUCGUCAGACAGAGGACUGGACGGUUCGUUGCCGAAACAUUAUCCACAAGAACAUCCAAGAGGACCCUUGGAACCUACCCACCUCAAUCAAAACUCUGGUGGAGAGCCUUCAGAGAUUUGUGGAUGAUGGAAAGAACCAGCUUCUCCUGGCUCUGCUCAAGUGCACAGAUACGUCCCUGCAGCUGCGACAGGAUGUGAUCUUCUGCCAGGCAGCGACGGGCGCCCUGUGCACUCUGGCUGAGCAGCUGCUGGCAGCACUGCGGUCGCGCUUCAACAACGCUGGCGAGUACCAGGAGGACAGCAAGGAGACCAGCCACAAGUGGCUGGAGCAGAUAUCUGUCAUUGGCGUUCUGCUGCACUUCCAGUCCACACUAGCGCCGCACCUAAAAGAGGAGCGGACCAUGCUGGAGGACACCAAGGCAGCCCUGUUGGACUUGGACAAAGUCACUGUGUUCUUCAGGCAACUGGAGGAUGAGUGUGUAGUUGCAAACACACCAGUGUGUUACCAAGUGGAGGGCAGUCGACAGGCCCUGAGGGUCACCCUGUACCUGGACAGCUGUCACUUCAGCGAGCUCCCCAGUCGGCUACAAAACGGAGGCAGCUUGAAGCUCCACACAGUCCUCUUCACCAAGGCACUUGAGCGUCCAGAGGGAGUUUCCCAGCAGGACUACAGCGCCAUGGAGGAGUUUCAGCAGCGCACCAAUGCUGUCUCACUGGAGAAGGUCAAAGCUUAUUACCGCAGACUCAGGGCUUUUUAUCUGGAGAAGUCCAAUCUCCCCACUGACUCAAACACCACAGCUAUGAAGAUUGACCAGAUACUGGGCCUUGAAGUUAGAGACCUUCAACCAAGCAUUUCAAAAUUGCUGCGACCCCUCAACACACUGGACGACCUCUGCCGACUCAUGCAGUCGUACAUCAAUGUGCGCCCGAGCGCCCAAGGCCACCCGUCAGGUGUCAGCGUGCUGUGUGUGUCCUCUGAGCUGUGUAACCGGCUGGGGGCCUGUCACAUCACCAUGUGUGGCACAGGCAUGCAGAGAUGUUCUCUGAGUGUGACAUUGGAGCAGGCAAUGAUCUUAGCCAGGAACCACGGCCUCAUGCCGCGCUGCAUCAUGCAGACCAUGGACAUUAUGCGUAAACAGGGGACACGAGUUGAGCUUUCUGCUAAAAACCUCAAGGUAAUGGACCAGAUGCCUCCGUCUGCUCCAAGGCUCUUCAAGCUGUGUUUACCACCCUCGGACGGAGACCUGUAAGGAAAGAGAGGGGGUGAAUGUGGAAGAGAAGGAUUUGAUGAGAAAUGACAGUAACGAAAGAGGGCGAGUCUCAGUGGAUUUCCUUCCAACAAUGCUGAUGGAAAGACCUUUGUCCCUGCUCCACUGCCCCAGUUACACAGGGAUCAUUCCAGCAAGGACACCACUAGAGUCUUCGAUGCAAUGUACAGACUUGAAAAGACUGCACAAAUGACACAGCUCAAGACACGUCAUGUACUGGGAAACAACCCAGAAGUAUUACUGCUUUGGCUGUUUGUCCACACAUCGCUGACAUGAUUGACUUGACAACCGGUGCACAUUAUUCUUAUUCUAAUCGAAAGGGAGGCGUCGGUUUCAGGUUUCAUACAGAGAACAUCCACGGUGAUCAUGACUGACCAUAAUCUGAUUAUUAACUGGAUUAACCAAACUACCUGUAGCUGACAGCCGUUCAUAAGCGCAGAUGUGAUCCAUUUUUGCCUUGGACUGCAGGUCCAGAGAGCUCGCUGUCUCUUUCUCUAUUUGGACUCCGAGUGAAGUAAAGCGCUGGAUUACCUCGGUGUUCAUGUGUGAUAGUCGACUGAGUAAAUGCAGAAAGUCAAAGAAUAGACCGAGAUAUGGAAGUAGGGAUUGAGAUGCAGUUAUUAAAGUUAUUAAAAAAAAGCCAGGCAAUAGACUGGUGCAUGUGGUUAUUAUUGUGCAAAUACUGUAGUUUUAGUGUGAGUACUGUAUUACCGCACUAUAUGAAGGAUAGUAAUUUAUUUUCAGGAAGGAGUGUUGUUUUUAUCCCUCACUUAUUCUAUAUCAGGUAUUAAAUAUUCUAAAAGCAUUCCAGCCUACAUAUUGAAUAGUAUUUAAAGGACCAACGGCAUGUCGUCUUUUUUUUUUUUUAGGUGUAACUGCUUGUGUAUUUCAUCUUAUUUAUGUCCGUGGACUUAAGUCAAGAAAUCUUCAGGGAACGCAAGAGGGGGGAGAUGAAGAGAAGAAUCAGGAAAAAGGAAGCUAGCACAAACAAUACAAGGUCACGUGUUUGUCAGUAAGCAGCCAGGUCAACAGGUUGAGAUCAGAUUAUUAAUAUAUUCAUUUAAAUAGUUGACGGUUUGCCUCCCGUUAACUAAGACAUGGUGUUGACUUUUAAAUUUAGCGUAUAUAUGUCUUCUCGGGACUGUCGUAUUUUACUGUAGGUAGCAAAAGAAGCACAAUGACUGGUCUGUUCACGUUGCAGUGUUAGAAGAAGAACAAAAAAAGUACUGUAAGCAGUUUGUGGAUGAUGUAAACAAAGGGAUCUUUCCAGGACUUAUUCACAGUAACAACAUUUUACUGAAGAUUUUAAUUUUUCGUGUACAUAAAAAGUGUAACUGUCAGAGGAAAAGAUAGCAUAAGUCUUAUGGCAGCAGAGUAAUGCUAUAACAUGAAAAUGCGUUAUUUUUAUGGAAAUAAUAUAGUAUAUAAAACAUUUUGUAUUUGUGACUGUGCAUUUUUCUCUCUCUCUUUUUGCUGAGUGUAACCUCACUGACAACUCUCUUUUUCUUUUUGUUUUAGCUGUUCAAAGGGUUUAAAAUGUGUGUUGCAUUCAUUAAGCAGGUCACUUAGUCCUUUUUAUUUAUUUAAAAGCAGUCUGGUUCCAAAAGAGCAUGUUGAAAUAGUCUCAUGUCCCCUGACAGUAGCGUGGCCACUGUAGAUUUACAUUCAUUGGCUGGUUUGUAAAACGACGUACAUUAUUAUUAUUUUUAACAUUUCCCAUAUCAAAUUUGCUCUUGGUGUACAGAGUAUAAACUCCUGGUCUUAAGCUAAUGACUGCAGCAUGUUGAUGUAGCCGGGCAAAGAAAUGUGUCACUGAUUACACAUUUAUUUACAUUAUUCUAAUGUUUCAUUAUUGUACAUACUUUAUUUGCAAUUUUUAUGUUGCCUGAAAAUAACUGUACAAAGGAUCUUUGUUGAGUCUUUCUAAAAUGAUAAUUGUAAAUGCAAAACUUAACAAGCUAGUAAAUAAAAUCUUCACAGUACGACAGUG